AUGGACAUCACCAAGGCGGGCACCGAGCCUGUGAUGGUCAAAUUCUAUCGUCAAUACAUGCAGGUGAUCAACGAUGUCAAUUAUCCUCCCGGAAGUCUUCUCGUCAACCAAGAUGUCCAGGAUUGUUUGUUCAAGUAUUUCUUCGACGUCAAACAGAACAAAUUCCUACCACCUGUUCGGUACCAGGCCAGAAUCUUGAAGCAUAUCAUUCAAGAGAUCGAAAGGUCAUGCAAAGACCCCGAAGAAGAUCAAGUAUCCGAUCAGCUGAUGGAGCAUAUGGCUUACCUGACGACGAUCCCGCAACAAGACGAGUCUGACGAAGCUCAAGAGCUGCACGUUCACUCGUACUUUCCACCGUUGCCGCUCGACCGGCACGGCGUCCGGCCGGUCUUGAUCAAGGAGGCGCGCAACCUUCUCUCGAGAGGCAACAAUGUCGGCCUCCGGACGUGGGAAGCGGCUCUACAUCUGGCGUGGUAUCUGACCGUCGAGCGACCGGACCUCGUACGGCGUCAAGGCGUGCUCGAACUGGGAGCCGGGACAGGUCUUCUGUCCCUUCUUUGUGCCGGACAUCUCGAAGCCUCAGGUGUCCUGGCGACCGACGGUCUCGGCCACGUCUGCGAAAGUCUCCAGAACAAUGUCGAUCUCAACGUCGAGAACGGCACACUGGACGACCACACUCCACCCGAGGUCCGUCAACUAGACUGGACGGACGGACUGGAGAUCGAUCGACUGUUGAGGGAAGCCAACCAGUCUGGUGUACGCUACGGUCUGAUCGUAGGUGCAGAUAUCACGUAUCAUCCGGAUAUACUGCGACCUCUGGCCGAACUCUUAAAGACCCUAAAAGACGCAUUUCCCGAAACAAAGAUAUUGAUCUCCGCCACGAUACGAAGCGACACUUUUGCAAACUUUGUGAAGAUUUGCAAGGAACUUGACUUUAUUGUCUCUGAACUCCCAUGUAUCAUACCCGACGGUCUACGAAAUUGUGGAUUCUUCCACUCAGUGGCUACAGAGAUUAAGAUUGUGUCACUGGAGCGAUGACUCUCCUGGAUUUUGGCUACCAAUGGAGGACGGGCGUAUACUCGAAACUUAC